UUUACACUCUCUCACUCUGGCUCUCAGUGCCUCUGUCCAGACAGCUGCUCCAGACCUCACCGUCCCUUUCCUUUCAAACCACACUUCUGACUUUGUGAGCCAGCAUUUCAUCCAGAGCCUGCUGUGAAUUUCUGGGAGCCUCUUAGUUUGUAAAAAGUUUCAGUUGGAGGAACUGAGCAGUUACCAUGACAAGGAUCACACUGCUGCUGCUGGUCGCCCUGACGGGGCCGUUCUGUACCUUCACCCGUGCAAGUACUAUAGCGGUGCCAACACACCCAAAUCUGGAUACGCCAGCAGUGACUGAAUCAAACCAGCCUUCUGUCACAGAAAAAGGAGAGGAACAAGCUCCACUUUCAACAGAAGCACCUCUCCCGGACACUACAGAGGUGCCUGUCACAGCGACGGAUGCACCAGUGGUUUCAACGGAAGCACAAGUACAAUCAGAGGCGCCAACAGAAACAGAAAUCCAAACAGAUACAACAACAUCAGCACAACCUGAAACUGAAGAGCUAUUCAACACUACUACCAUUGAUGAAGGAGGAGCAAUAUCUCAUGAAUUGAAUCAAACAGAGGCAGGAACGUCAAAGAAUGGGCUGUUGAUAGAUGAGGAAGAAGCUACGGGCACCGGACCGUUGGUGGGGAUUGUAAUCGGUGCAUUGAUCGCAGUGAUUGUUGUCAUUGCUGUAAUCAUCUUGGUGGUCAGGAGAAUGGGCCAGUACUCUCCCUGAAAAGAAAAUCAGCACAACAGCAAAAGAAGAAGAAGAGAUUCUGGUUGUGAUGUUUAAAAGAAAAAGCUGCACUCUAAUCUUCAAGGACUACAAGGGCAGUAUGAGAAAUUUCACAUCCUCUUUUUUUAUUCAGAGAGAUGCCCUCCCCAACCUUUCCACAACCUCCUCAUUUAACCCCAUUUAUCUCGCCUAAAACUCGGCAAAUUUCAUUGUAUAGCCUAUUUUUACCCCAACAUUGGGAGGCCACAUGAAUUCAGAUGAUCCUAUUUUGAAAAUGCAUAUAAAUGUUAACAAGAGAAUGUAUGUGGUCUACUGUGAAUUUGUGAAGGGCAUAAUAAACAAACAACAAACAGUUGCGCAUACAAGGAAAAGCUUAUGUUUUUUUAAUACCAAUGAGUGUAUAUAUCACACAAAGAAACUGCACAUCCAAGUAUUUGAGUAUGAAACAGAUAAACAAACAAAUGAAGACAUGAUCCAGAACAAUGAUUUUAUUUAAUUAUGGUGUCCUAGGAGUAUGACGCAUUAUGUACAUUUUGUCAUAAGCAGAUACUAAGGACAAGUUGUGUUCCAGGCACAGUCAUUUUAUGUGUCAUUUUCUAGUUUAGCAUCCUCAACACUGAUGCCUAAAACUCUAAUACAUACAUACACAUUUUUUUAAUAUUUGUUUAGUUAGCAACACAUGUUAGAGCUCUCAUAAGGUUAAGAUUUGUUUUUUGAAGUGUAUUAAUACAGUGUCACUUGACUAUGUUGUUCAUAAAUGUCACUUCAAAUGUGACAUAAGUUCCUCACGGACACAUUGCAUGUGUUUCCUACAUUAUUUUAAUACUGUACAGACUUCUGCAUCAAAAAGCUUCAAACAUCUUGCAUCAUAUAGUUGUUCGCAUUUUCUGUGUCAUUUUUUCGAUUUUGCUGUUUACAUUGACGUUUAAUGUGUUUGUUACUGAUAUUCUCGAGCAUGGCUUUAUCAUGAGCUUUUCUUGAAGAGAUCAGGAACAAGUGAACUGUUUAAAGAAAAGUAAUUAGAAAGGGUUAUAGACACUGCAACUGUUUGCUACGAUAGUUUUUGCCAGAUCCCUCUUCAUAAUCUGUCAUGUCACUUCACUUCAGUGUCCUUUUACAACAUACUGUUUUGUCUGUGUGUGGGAUAUUGUUUUGUUGUUGUUCAUUCUGUUUGAAUAAAAAAGUUAAAAGCUA